AGGUGGAAUAGCAGAAAUCUUAGAUCGUCCUUUCCCUCGUAACCCUAAAACUACCCUCUCUCAUCAUCCCAUUCCCAAAACCAAUCUCUAACUUUGACUCGCGCAGAGGCGCACGGAUCGCGCAGAAAUGAAGUUGUUCUGGACAUCCCUGGCCUCCCUCCUGGGCGUCCUGGUCUUCUGCCAGACCCUCCUCCGGGUGGUGUUCCCGCCGGAGCUCCGAGUCGCCUCCCUCCACUUCCUGAACCAGGCCCUCAACUGCUUCUCCUCCUACCUGGACUACAUCAUAAAUAAGACCAACGAGAUCCGCAACAAGAACCGAGGACGCCUCCUUUAUAUUCAUUCGCGCGGCCACCCGUGGGAAUCCGAGCCGUUCAAGCACCCGAGCACCUUCGACACGUUGGCCAUGGACCCGGAGAGGAAGAGGGACAUCAUGGAGGACCUCCGCUACUUCGCGGCCGGGCAGGCCUUGUACCAGCGGGCGGGCCGGGCCUGGAAUCGGGUGUACCUGCUCUAUGGCCAGCCUGGGACGGGGAAAUCGAGCAUGAUCGCCGCCAUGGCCAAUUUCCUCGGCUACGACAUCUACCAACUCGAGCUGCCCCAUGUGCAAACCAACUCCGAGCUCCGGAAGCUCCUCAUGAACACCAGCUCCAAGUCCAUCGUCGUCGUCAUCACCGGCACCGACUGCUCGGUCAGUCUGUCCAACAGGUCGGAGGCGCCCUAUGCCACAGCACCUCGAAGCUACUACGACCCCGGAGCGCCUGAGGCAACCCGCGGCAGCGACGAGGGGAAUAACAACAUGGUCACCCCCUCAGGGCUGUUCAACUUCACCCAUGGCCUGUGGUCAUGCCGCGGGAGCGAGAGGAUCUUCGUGUUAACCACCAACCACAUCGAGAAGCUCGAUCCAGCAUUCCUCGAGAGACGCCGGAUAAACAUGCGCAUCCACAUGAGCUACUGCUCGUACCCGGCGCUCAAGAUCCUGCUCCGGAACUAUCUGGGUAGCGAGGCCGAGGACCUGAGCGAGGUGGUGUCGAGCGAACUCCGAGAGGCGGUCGAGAAGGCCAAGAUGACGCCGGCGGACAUAAGCGAAGUCCUGAGGAACAAGGAGAGAGCCGCGAGCAAGUUGCUGGAGGUGUUGAAGGAGAGAGCGGAGAGGAACUACAAGUGCGAGCUGAACACGGUGGAGGAGGAGGAGAAAGAGGAGCAAGAAAAGAGGGCUCUGGAGAGCCCGAAAGAAGGGAGCGACUGCGGUGACGCUUCCUGCAAGGUGGAAGAGGAUGAUGAAGAGAAGAAAGCAAUAUGAGAGGGAAAAAUCAGUUCGUCCCUUUUUCCAUUUUCUUUUCACUUUUAUCUUCUCUCUUUUUUCCCCCUUUAUUUUCUCUUCUUUUUGGGAUAGAAAUGAAAAAUGGGAAAGCAAUUUGAUCUGUUGGGAACAGAUGGUUGAUUUUUGCUCCUGUGCAAGAAUUUACCAUUUUCCAAAGCAACAUAUCAAAUGAAUUUCACUUUCUGCUUGUGCUCUGUUUUGUGAUUUGGAAGAUUAUGUUAUAGGUUUGGGCUGUA